AUGCAACCGUGGCUGCGGGUGUCACUGCUGCUGUGCGUCUUCGGGUUCUUCCGCGAGCUGCGCGUUUCCGAACCAUUCGUCACCGAGUUCCUUUCGGGCGAAUGGCGGGAUAUAGAACCUGAGCAGCUGAACCGUGACGUCUACCCGAUCGGCACGUACAGUCAGGUCGCGCUGCUGGUGUUUAUGUUUCUGCUCACGGAUGUCCUCAGAUACAAAUCGAUAAUUGUAUUUUCCGCCUGCUUGGGCAUCGUCAUCUGGUCGCUGCUGCUGUGGACGGAAUCGUUGGCUGCACUGCAGGUCGUGCAAGUGCUGUACGGUGCCUACAUGGCAUCGGAGGUGGCCUACUACACGUACAUCUACGCCAAGAUUAGCCGGGAAAAGUAUCAACAGGUGACUGGAAACACACGGGCCGCCAUCCUGCUCGGCCGCUUCCUAUCCGGCGUAAUCUCCCAGGUGCUCGUGUCCACCGGUGCGAUGAACGUACGCGACCUGAAUUACAUUACACUCGGCACGCAAGCCGUUUCUUUGCUCUGGUCAUUUUUGCUACCACCGGUAAAAACGAGUGUUUACUUCUAUUCACGUGACGAGGAUGUAAAGCCGACCGCCGGAACGGUGGCUUGUGAUCCGGCACCGCAGGCAGAGCAGCAGGAGCACCAGGAUCAGUUGGAGCAUUCCGGAGAAAAUGCAUCGGGCGUUUCCCACAAAUCUUCGACCAACGAGUCUCCAGAUAAUCCCCCUGCAGGAAUGCAGGAUGCAAACAAAAAUGUCGAAACCGGCAACACGAGGGCGGAAACCGUCAACACCCUACCGAAGGCACACUUUUCCGCCUCACGCGCGGUUCGACUCCUCUGGAAGCAUUUCAUAUCCGCCUAUCGGCAACUGCCGGUAGUCCAGUGGAGCCUAUGGUGGGCCCUUGCAAUGGCCGGCUUCAUACAGGUGCAGGUGUACGUUCAGCUGCUGUGGCACGAGAUCGACCAGCAACAGGGCACACUGUUCAAUGGUGGGGCCGAGGCACUGCUCACACUGCUCGGUGCGAUAAGUGCCCUGGCGGCAGGUUACAUCGCCAACCGCAUCUUCGAACAGUGGGCACUCUGGAUUUUGACCGUGUGUUCCGGGCUGCAGGGUGGACUCAUCCUGUAUUCCGGCUUUGCCACCAACAUCUGGGUGGCGUACGUGCUUUACAUCCUGUUCGGCACACUGUACCUGUUCAUGGUCACUAUGGCAAGUGCCAUCGUAGCGAAGUAUCUCGAGGAGGACAGCUUUGGGCUGAUCUUUGGCAUCAACAUGUUCGUGGCGAUCGGUGUACAGGCGCUGCUGACGCUAGCGACGAUCUCCGAACGGGGCUUGAUGCUUGACCCACGGGACCAAUUCAAGGUGUACGGUGGCUACUUUUUGGUACUAUCGAUAAUCUACCUAAUUGCUGCCAUCGUCGCUAGCGUGGCCCGACUGCUGCAGCUACGGAAGGCCGCAACCGCAUCCACCCGAGAAAGUUCAUCACCAGCACCAGCCACCAUCGAAUCGACAACCGUAAGUGGUCGAAUGGAAUGA